CAUGUUUCCCACUGCACCUGAAAGCAGCUCCUACUGAAGGAGAGCAGGCGUGCGCGAGCUCGGCGCAUGCGCAGAGCUCCAGACAGACAGAGCCUCUCUGAGCCCGCUCAGCUGCGGUCGUGUGUGGCAGCAGCUCCUCAACAGCUGUGGGUGGCUGUAUAAUCCAGGAGCACCUGCUGACCAACAAUGACAGACCCGAGACUACUUCAGCAGAGCUGAUCUGAGACUGAAGGAGUGAAAAGAAGGAAUCUUCACCAGCAUCCUCACGUAGGACCAGAGAUAAACACGUGGUUGACCAACGUAGUUUCCCCCGUCAGCUGAUGCCAUGCUGGGACCGCUGUGGGUGGUUCUGGCUCUCAUUUGGGUCAGAAGCUGCCAGGCUCACAGCUUCUUCACCUGUGAGCCCAUCAAAGUGCAUCGGUGCAUGGGGAUGCCUUACAACAUGACUUUCUUUCCCAACAUGAUGGAGCACUACGAUCAGGAGAUUGCUGCCAGUAAAAUGGAGCCGUUUAUGCCGCUCGCAAACCUGCGUUGUUCCCCGGAUGUCCACCAUUUCCUGUGCCAAGCCUUUAUCCCAGCAUGCACCGAGGACAAUAGGGUGAUCCGGCCAUGCAGGGAGAAGUGCCAGACCGUUCUCUCUGACUGCCGGGAGAACAUUCGUAUCUUUGAUGUCACCUGGCCUCCUGAACUCCAAUGUGACAAACUGGACCCAUGUGAGGCGGACGGUUCUGUGUCUACUACAACUGCUCAACAGACCCCCUCAUCUCCUAAGAGAGAUCUUGGGUUCUGGUGCCCUCUGCAGCUGAAGACCAAACCGGGCCAAGGCUCGUCCUUCCUGGGUACCCAGGACUGUGCUCCGCCGUGCUCCAACAUGUUUUUCAAACCGCACGAAAUUGAAUUCGCCAAAAGCUUCAUCGGCGUGUGCUCCAUCAUCUGCCUCUGCGCCACACUCUUCACUUUUCUUACUUUCCUUAUUGAUGUCAAACGCUUCCGGUACCCAGAGCGGCCCAUCAUCUUCUACGCCGUGUGCUACAGCUUUGUGUCGCUCAUAUAUUUCAUCGGGUUCCUGCUGGGGGACACUGCCGCCUGCACUAAAGCAUCCCACCCUGCCGCCGUGGACACCGUGGUGCUGGGCUCUCAGAGCAAAGGCUGCACUCUGCUCUUCAUGCUCCUCUACUUCUUCACCAUGGCGGGUAUCGUGUGGUGGGUCAUUCUCACCAUCACCUGGUUUCUGGCUGCUGGGCCCAAGUGGAGUUGUGAGGCCAUUGAGAAGAAAGCGGUGUGGUUCCACUCUGCUGCCUGGGGCAUCCCGGGGGCGCUCACGGUCAUGCUCCUGGCUCUAAACAAGGUGGAAGGAGACAGCAUCAGUGGAGUUUGCUUCGUGGGCCUCUACGACCUGGACGCCCUCCGAUACUUCGUUCUGGCGCCGCUGUGUGUGGGCGUCAUAGUCGGCCUCAUCCUCAUUUUGGCAGGUAUCGUCUCCCUCAACCACGUUCGGCAGGUGAUCCAGCACGACGAGCGGAACCAGGAGAAGCUGAAGAAGUUCAUGAUCCGCAUCGGUGUCUUCAGCUGCCUGUACCUGCUGCCGCUGGUCACCCUGUUGGCCUGCUACACCUACGAACAGAGCUACCGCAGCAGCUGGGAGAACACCUGGAUCAAUGACCGCUGUCAAGAAUACAGCAUCCCCUGUUCCUACAAGACUGCAGCCGCUGACCGGCCUGACCUCUCCCUGUUUCUGGUCAAAUAUUUGAUGACGCUGGUAGUGGGAAUAUCUGCGGUGUUUUGGGUCAGCAGCAAAAAGACGUGUUCUGAAUGGGCUUACUUCUGCAACAGGACUCGCAAGACAGACCCCAUCAGUGAGAGCCGCCGCGUUCUGCAGGAGUCCUGCGAGUUCUUCCUGAAGCACAACACCCGCGUCCAGCACAAGAAGAAGCACUACAAGUCCAGCUCCCACAAGCUCAAAGUCAUCUCCAAGUCUAUGGGGACCAGCACCGGCGCCGCCCCCACCAGUGCUGGCACCGCCAGCUCCCUGGGGAACCCCGAGACCCUCCUGGAAGGUUCUCUAUCCGACACCUUAGUCAGAGAGCAGAUGGACCGAACCACCGCUGGUCGCAGCUCCAGGAGGGGGGAGAGGGAGGGAGGAGAGAGACGCAGUAAAGGGGGGAGCUCCAGCAGGAUCAGCAGCCACUCGGAGAGCGCACACCGAGCUGCAGACGGAAGGAUCACUCCCGGCAGUGAGCCGUCCGAGGUCCGAGAAGGUACCGGUGGACCAAAACAGCAUCCAGCUUUAAACACAUUACCCUCCAGCCCCGCCCAAGACUCCGCCCACCAGAUGUGUGAGAAGAGCAAGGACCCAAAGGACAUCUGAGCAUCUCAACACUGUUUUUGUGCCCACCUUAACGAGUUGAAAAAGCAUUCAGUGAAUGUUUCUCGUCAGCAGAACAUACCUGGGUCAUUUGGGGUGAGGUAUGUCGGGGCAGAACCUGCAGGAUCCAGCCCAGAGCUGCUGUUGGUUUUGGAAUCCAGCUUUACAGAGCAGUUUGUCUGCUUAAACAGUGAAAGCACAAACGCCUACUUAAUAAUACAGUAUAGUCGUCCUUCCUAGACAGUAGCACAGGAGGCUUGCUAGAUAAAAGGCAGUGCGAUAGUGGGCGUUCUUUUUGAGUGUAGAAACUCAUUUUUACUGAUUUAGUCACUACACUGAGAGUUCUUAUAUUGAAAAUGUUCUGUUGUGCCACUAUUUUAUUCUUUUCAGGCUUUAUUUUAAACUUUAUCUAUUGUUUGAUUACAGUCUUAUAAAAAUGAGCUUCAUUUUUUUGCUACUUGGUUUUGUUAAUUUUUUUUUGUUCACUGGUGACUUAAAAACAUGGUUGAGGGUGUUUAGCUCCUAUGCUUGAAGUUGGAUGUUUUUCUUCAGGAUCACACCUGAUCCAGGUAAUCAGAGGAGAAUCAGCCUCCUUUGUAGGGCUGGAUAUGCUCAUCCCUGACCUAUAGUUGUGGGAUGUCCCUGAAUCUUGAUUUAAAUCGAAUGGGAGCAGAUCAACUGGAGUUUUACUAAUGCAACCGAUAAAACAAACCUAGCAGUUUUUGCACUAUUUGACACUCAAAGCACAAACCACUGAUAAAGAUGUCUUAAAGAUACGUGAUCAUUAAAUGUGUGGGAGUUUUUUUAUAUGAAUCUUCUCUCGUUUCCAGAAACUUGUUGACCUUCCAGUCUGGGAAUCUUAAAUAAAGGGAAUCUUUCUGUUUUCUUAAUGUGUACUAUUUUACAUUUCUGUUUCAUGGAAUAUGCUUUUGUUAAUGAUAUAUCUGAGAAUAGGGCAACAAAUUCUGUAUUCACUUUUCUGAGAAGCUUUUCCUGUGCUUUUUUAUACAGAUUUUGUACCGGUCCUGGUUGACAAAUUGAAAUAAAACUGCUGUAUUUAUUGUGUCAGUGA